AUGCCUCAAUAUAGUACCUUUUCCAUUCCGAAAGAAGGGAUAUCGCGAGAGGUGGUCGAGACCGACUUGCCCUUCUACCUUGGCCGGGAUGCCAAGGUCAUGGAGAAUAAUAAAGGCGACCGAUAUGUUAUUCAGUCAUUUUCUGAACCACCCAGGCACAUGAUCACAUCUCUGCGAGAUGACACAGCAAGGUGGCAAAGAAGCGAUGACCAUCGGAGACGAUUGCGUUACUCCGAAAGUCGAAUCCAUCAAGAUCGGAAGCGGGCUUGCCAUGGAAAGGCCGAAGCUCAACCUCAACUGACAAGGCACAACUCCCGUGAUGUGACCUCAGGGAACGCGGCUACAGGUGUAUCUCCAAUCCCUGUGCCCUCGAGACCCCCUCUGGCGCCACGAUAUAGCUCAAGCAAUGGCUCAGUCUAUGGGUCAAUGCAAGUCUCGCCCAGCUCCGCCUUUGAGAGCGCUUCUCGGUCUCAAUCAAGGCGGGAGUCAGACGCCAUGUCAUCGCUGGAUGGCGGCAUGAUCAGUCGGACCAUGUCAGCCUCCAGCACCUCCAGCAGCUAUGGGACGAACGGUGGGUAUGGCUUCAACAGGGAUCUGCCAGGUGGCCAAAACGGUGAAUGUAAGGCUCGCCGCUACCCAAAAAGUUGA